AUGAACUCCUCGAUCGUCCGUCUGACCCGGGAGGCUCUCGGCUCUCCAGUAGCCGCGGCACUGUCGGUUUGCUCCCGCCUGCCGAGCUCCUUCUCGCAGUUGAAUGCCCUUUCACCAGCAGCGCAGUGCAGACAGCAGUUUGGAAUUCCCCAGAGGAGCAUUUUUGCCUGCUCCCGGCGGCGGACUGUCUCGGCGCAGAAGGGGAUCCAACCGACCUCAAGCGGCGUUCGCAAACAGCCGGUGCCUCCCCAGUCCGUCGGGGGUCGACGCUUUCUGGGGCAUCUGGCGACGCGCUACACAAGAACGAAAUCUGUCUGUGGAGGCACGAGCCUCAUGUUCAUUGGCACUCCAUCUCGUUCGAACGGGACUGUUUCCGCACCCGAGCAAUCCACUAGCACAGAUCAGAAGGCCUCACGAACCGUUCCCCCACAUGGUCUAGCGUGUCCAACUGUCUGGUAUGCUUCUUCGCAGAGAACGCGGCUAACCCGGAAGCGGAAGCACAGCACACCUCACACGCCUGCGCCCGCUGCGUGCUUUGUUUUCCAGGGUCUGAAGAAGAAACUGGACGACCUGGUGAAGUCGACCGCUGUCGUGCUGUUCAUGAAGGGCUCGCCACAGGCGCCGAUGUGUGGAUUCUCCGCGAGGGCGGUCGGCAUACUGAAUUCACUAGAGGUGGAGGAGUACACUUUCGUCGACAUUCUGCAGUACCCAGAUGUCCGGGCAGUCGCGAAAAAGCACUUCAACUGGCCGACUUACCCUUUGUUAGUUGUCGGCGGCGCAGUCGUGGGUGGGGUGGAUAUCAUGGAGGAGCUGAACAGGGCCGGCGAACUCGAGGACCAGCUCAAGAAGGCCCUCACUGCGUGCAGGGAGGCAGAGAGCGUUAGCCCAGCUGCAGACACGUCCACCGCCUAG